UAAACCGUUGAUGUUAAUAAUAUGUUAACUUGUAUUUAAUAGUCGGAUAUUUCUUAAAUAAAUGUUUUAUUAACUUAAGGUCUAUUCACUACCAUUAACUUAAAAAAAAUAAAAUUGUAAUUGUUUAUUAAUUAUUUAUUAACUAUGAGAAAAUAAACUUCAAUAAGAAUAUCAAACAAGUACUAAAAAAAAGUUCUAAAACAGUGUUGCUUGUGUAUUCUUAAUUGAACCGAAGAAACAUGGAGUUAUCCGCUAAUUUUUCAGAUACUUUUCUUCAUAUAGCUAUAGACAAUUUUACCAAUUCAUUGUAUGAAGAAUUUCGCAAGAUGGAUGGAAAUUUAUUUUUUUCGCCAUUUAGUAUACAAGUUGUUCUUUUUCUUGCAAGCAUCGGAUCAAGAAGAAACACUUAUGAAGAAAUUAGAAGUACAAUUCGUUUACCAUCAGUCGAUUGGUCAGAAAUGCUUCCAGCGUAUAAAACCUUAUUAUCAUCCCUUAAACAAAAUGAAGGGUUAAAAUUGGUGACUGGUACAUUCAUAGAAAAUUCGUUUGAUGUGAACAAAAGCUAUGUUGAAAAUGCAAAAAACUUUCUUAGUUCAACCGUAGAAAAAUUGAAUUUCCAAACAGAUCCCAAUAAAGCGAGAGUUUAUUUAAAUGAGUGGGCACUAAAUCACACAGACGGAAUAAUCAAGGAAGUAUUUCCGGAUGGAAGUAUUGAUUCAGAUACAAAAUUGGUAAUUGGGAAUGCAAUACAUUUUCGUCACUUUUGGAAAAAUAAGUUCAUAACUGAGUUAACAAAAGAAGAACCAUUUUAUCUAACACCAACAGAAAAAAUCAAUGUCCAAAUGAUGAAAAGGAGCUAUAUAUUUAAUUAUUACAAAGAUUCGAAUUUAAAUUUCUCAGCUCUUGAAUUACCAUACGAAGAUAGAAAAUUCAAUAUGAUAAUUUUAUUACCUGACAGCAAAGAUGGAUUAAAUACUUUAGAGAAAAAUUUAUUCAAAAUAUCCGAUUUAAAAAAUAAAAUGAUGACUCAUAACGUAACAGUAACUAUGCCAAAAUUUAAAAUUGAGCAGUCUUUUAAACUUAAGAAUACAUUAUCAGAGAUGGGUUGUAGUUCUAUGUUUUCCAAAAAUGCUGAUUUCUCUGGCAUGAUUAAUUCAAAUUCAAAUGAGUUAGUAGUGUCUGAUGUUUUACACAAAGCAAAUAUAGAAGUAAACGAAGAAGGUACUGACGCUUCUGCAUUUACAGGCAUAAUAAUCAAAAAGAAAAUGGGAGAAAGAAUUCAAGGAUUUCCUGAGGCUACAUUUGUAGCUAACCAUCCAUUUAUAUUUAUGAUUAAAUACAAUGAUGUUGCUUUGUUUAUGGGCCGUCAAAACAGAUUUUAAGAUAUUUUUGUGUAAUUUUUCCUCGCAUUUUAAAACGCAUAAUUAAUUAUAUAGACGAAAUGUUUUUUAAUAUUCAUAAUUUUUUUUUUAAUAAUUAAUUCAAACAACUCAUUAAAAUUAAACAUUUUUUUGAUAUCAAAAAAUAAAUAAAUGUAUUCAAUAGUUUAUUGUUAAUUUAAUAAAAAUUAUCUAUUAUUCUGAAAAAUAAUUAAAUAACCUUUUACAGUUUUUA